UUGUGUACAUGACAGUUCAGUUUCAUUGCCAUGCUGCCUCAUACAGACGUUUCUGGACUAUAGCUAAACAAGUGGGAAGACUGAACUGAACCAUAACAACAAGAACUAGAGUGCAUAAGGUCGCAAGGAAAAGAAUAUGGAGCAAAGUGACAAAGAGUCCAUGGAGGUGACGACGGAGACGGGAGAGCAAAAGACCGUGCCCAGCCAACCCAGUACAGCCCCCAUUGACAGUGCCUCCUCCAACACAAGUCAAUCUCAGGUGUCUCCUGGUGAGGUGUCUGCUACAAAUGAUCGCUUAUUGUCGGCUAGUGAAGCUCCUACCCAAGAUGCAUCCUCCCACGUAGCCUCCAGUUCAGACCAGCAAGCAACGGGUGCCUCUCCAAAGCAACAGGCUGGGGGUAGCAAAGGAAAUGAGCCCGUGUGCCUGCUGAUCCUAGGCAUGGCUGGGUCUGGGAAGACCUCGUUGCUGCGGCGCCUAGAUGCUCACCUCAAUGUGCGGCGUCGUCACUACACCAUCAACCUUGACCCUGCAGUAGACAGUGUCCCUUAUGUUAGUUAUAUUGACAUUCGGGACACUGUUAAUUACAAGGAGGUGAUGAAGCAGUAUGGUUUGGGUCCUAAUGGAGGCAUAGUGACCUCCCUGAAUCUCUUCUCCACCAUGUUUGAUGAGGUGAUGCGGCUACUGGCUGGCAGAGCAGACAAUCUUGACUAUGUGCUCUUUGACACACCAGGUCAGAUUGAAGUCUUUAAUUGGUCUGCAUCAGGACCAAUUAUUGCCGGAGCAUUGGCAGCCACCUAUCCCACUGUCAUCGUGUACGUGCUAGACAUUGUGCGCUCCACCAAACCUCAGACUUUUAUGUCCAACAUGCUUUAUGCCUGUUCCAUCCUUUAUAAGUACAAGUUGCCUUUUAUCAUUGCCAUGAACAAAAUUGAUGUAGUGGAUUGCAAGUAUGCAUUAGAGUGGAUGCAGGACUUUGAAGUGUUUCAGGAAGCACUUGCAGCUGAAUCAUCUUAUGCCUCCAACUUGACACGGUCACUCUCCUUAGCACUAGAGGAGUUCUACAGCUGCAUUAAGGCAUGUGGUGUCUCAGCAUAUACAGGGGAGGGCAUAGACAAUUUCAUGACACUAGUGGAUGAAGCAGCCAAGGAUUAUGAGGAGUACCGGGCUGAAUAUGAAGCUCUACAGGACAAGAAGAAAAAGGAGAAGGAACAGCAACAAAAGGCUAACAUAGGAAAAAUUAAUAAGGACUUGGAGAAGGAGGGCCUGUGCACUAUAAGGAAGGCCAUCAGGGAAGACACAGAAAUCUACUUGCGUCAAGGCUCUGAUAGUGAGGAGGAACAUGAUGAAAUGUUAGAUAAUGAUGAUGCUGAAGAGAAGAAGGAACUGGAGUCUUUUAAAGACUUUUUGACCAACCAGAAGAUUAAGAGAGAACAACAACGACAUGCUACUCACCCAUCUUGAGACAACAUGACGACCACCAUCCAUAUCUAUUUCUCUCUCUCUCUCUCUCUCUCUCUCUCUCUCUCUCUCUCUCUCUCUCUCUCUCUCUCUCUCUCUCUCUCUCUCAAGUGAAGGAGCAAUAGCACUUCAGUGUGUUAUAAUCUUGGUUUUUCCAGUUUAAUGAGCUCCUCUGCAUCCAGGGAAAAUGAACGUUACACUAGUGAUUGCUACUGUUACAUAUACCUGAUAAGUUUUUCCUUGCAAGAUGUACUACAUUCUGUUAUGUGAUAAUUUGAAUAAAAGUAGAAAGUAAA